AUUUGGCAUUUGAAGGAAUUCUUUUACUGUACCGUUCAAUUGUCUAUCUAGUAAAGUGGCUAAAUGCUUGCGCUAAUUACCAAAAUUUUCUCCAUUAUUUGGCAUUUGAAGUACAAUUCAUUUGUCUGACUAUAACGUCUUUGUGACCCCAUUCUGGUAGAAAUUCACUUUUCACAACACAAUGCUCCAGUAGUCAUCGCUGUUUGCUUGGUGGCCUAGAUGGCAGCUUGCCCACAGCCCACCCGUCUAAAUCAGAGGCUGCACCAAGCAAAGCAGCCUGGAUAUCAAGCAAACAGUUCACUUGUCUUAUUAACUGUAUUUUUUUUUUCUGAUGGCUCUCACUGAUUUUUCUUUUCCCCUUUCUUUUUCGUCCUUUCCCCUCUGGUUGCUUCUCGUUCUCGCUGACCGAUUCCCUCUUUCCCUCGCCGGCGAUCCCGAUUCCCCUACCCUCUCCGGACACCGGCGGGUAGCCGGUAAUUAAGCCGACCCCGCGCUCGAAUCCGUGUCUCGCCACGCGGGCGGAGGAGGGCAUGGGCGGCCCGGGCCCCAACCCCAAGCAGCGCGCGGCGCCGAUCGCCUGCGUCCCCGACGACGCGCUGGUCGAGAUGUUCGGCCUCCUCCCGGCCAACUCCCUCCACCGCUUCAAGUGCGUCUCCAAGGCCUGGUGCGGCCUCGUCACCGACCCGCUCCACCGCCAGCGGUACGCGCAGACCCUGGCGGGGUUCCUCUGCGCCGACGCCGCCGACGGCGCGUGCGAGAGCUGCCGCCGCGUGGGCGGCGGCGGCGGCGAGAGCUCCCGGCGCACGUGCCCGCACGCCACGACGCGGCGGUUCGUCAACGUCUCCGGGAUGGCGGAGCCGCACCCGGACGCCUCCUUCGCCUUCCUGCCGCCGCCGCCGCCGCCUCCCGACUCCACCGAGGCGUUCCGCGACGUGAUCCUGGACGCCCGCGACGGGCUGGUGCUCCUCGCCUGCGUCCGGGGGCACGAGGCCCCCGACCUCCACCCGCCGGCGUGCUACUUCGUCUGCAACCCGGCCACGGCGCGGUGGGCGACGGUCCCGGGCUCCGGCUGGGUCCCCAGCGCCACGCAGCGGACGGCGCUCACCUACCUCCUCUUCGACGCCUCCGCUCCGCACGUGUUCCACCUGCUCCAGUUCCGGCUCGACGACUUGGACUCGGUGCGGGCGGUGCACACCUACUCGUCGGCGGACGGUUCCUGGACCGACAGGGCGGGGGCGUGGCUGGACGGCGGGUGGCGGGACUGGGGCCGCGGCAUGGCGCUGAUCCAGCCGGGCACGGGCGCCGCCGUGGCGCGCGGCGCGCUGCACCUUGUCGUCGACACCGACGGCACCUCCGGCCCCAACAACCUGGUGGCCGUCGACUCAGAGGGCCGCACGCGGAGAGCCGUCCCGCUGCCGCGCCGCGACGUGGUGGAGAAGGACUGGCACUCGGUGUUCGUUGCCCGCGGUUCCCGGAGCCAGCUCCACUACGCCAUGUGCGUGCGCCCGCCGCACGGGCGGCUGUCGGAGGAGGCGCCGCUGAGGCUGCUGGUGUGGGUGCUGGAGGACUACGACGCCGGGGAGUGGGUGGUGAAGCACGACGUCGGGUUCCCGGAGCUGUUCGGGAGCGGGAGGUUCGCGUGCCAGUUCCGCGUCGAGUAUAGCGUCGUCGCUGUUCAUCCGGAUGGGAACUGGGUGUUCUUUGUCCGCCACUGGGAUCGGAAGCUCGUGGCGUACGACAUGGAUCGCUGGGAGGUCCGUGUUGUCGCCGAUCUCGGUCCCGGUGGCGGCGAUCUUGGUGAUGAGCUUCCUGUUCCGUACGUUCCUCUGUACAAGGAGUCGGCCGCGCUGACGGAUAGCUAGUACUGACAUGAUCCCUAUGAUGCGGAAAUGGACAUUUUGUUUUCAUUAGUUGUGCUGCCAUAUUACUGUUUACUAUUCCCUCCAUCCUAGGGCCUUGUUUAGUUUCGAAAAUUGAAAAGUUUUCGGUACCGUA